GGUAGCGUAGGUAGCCAAAGUGGCUGGCGCGGUGUAGCCUGUUGCCGAGGCCGGGAGGAGGAGCCCCGGGCGUGAGGGACGCUGCGAUGAGGACCGUGGUGACGUGGAAAGAUAAAAGCGAUCAAUGUAUCUAUGACCUCACAUUUAAGCCUGAUGGAACUCAACUGAUUGUGGCUGCAGGAAGCAGAUUACUGGUUUAUGACGCCUCUGAUGGCACCUUACUUCAGCCCCUCCGGGGACACAAAGACACUGUAUACUGUGUGGAAUAUGCAAAGGAUGGCAAACGCUUUGCUUCUGGGUCAGCUGACAAAAGUGUUAUUAUCUGGACAUCAAAACUGGAAGGCAUUCUGAAGUACACGCACAACGAGUCUAUCCAGUGUGUCUCCUACAACCCCGUCACUCACCAGCUGGCGUCUUGUUCCUCCAGUGACUUCGGGCUGUGGUCUCCGGAACAGAAGUCUGUCUCCAAGCACAAAGCCAACAGCAAGAUCACCUGCUGCAGCUGGACAAAUGAUGGCCAGUACCUGGCUCUGGGGCUGUUCAACGGCGUCAUCAGCAUACGGAACAAAAACGGUGAGGAGAAAGUGAAGAUCGAGCGGCCGGGGGGCGUCUACUCCCCCGUGUGGUCCAUCUGCUGGAGCCCGUCCAGCCGAUGGGAGAAUUUCUGGAUGAGCAGAGAGACGGAGGAUGCUGAGGAUGUCAUUGUCAACAGCUAUUUUCAGGAAAUCCCUUCCACUCUGAAGUCAGCAGAGUACAGUAGUCAGGGUAGUGAGGCAGAGGAGGAAGAGCCGGAGGAAGAAGACGACAGUCCCAGGGACGACAACUCAGAGGAACACAAUGACAUCCUGGCUGUGGCUGACUGGGGACAGAAACUUUCCUUCUACCAGCUGAGUGGGAAACAGAUUGGGAAGGAUCGGCCACUGAACUUUGACCCCUGCUGCAUCAGCUAUUUCACAAAGGGAGAAUACAUUUUGAUGGGGGGGUCAGACAAACAAGUGUCCCUUUUCACCAAGGAUGGAGUACGGCUUGGGACGAUCGGGGAGCAGAGCUCCUGGGUGUGGACGUGUAAAGUGAAGCCUGACUCCAACUAUGUGGCCAUAGGCUGCCAGGAUGGCACCAUUGUCUUGUACCAGCUGGUCUUCAGCACAGUCCAUGGGCUCUACAAGGACCGUUACGCCUACAGGGACAGCAUGACCGACGUCAUUGUGCAGCACCUGAUCACCGAGCAGAAAGUUCGGAUUAAAUGCAAAGAGCUUGUCAAGAAAAUUGCCAUCUACAAAAAUCGAUUAGCUAUCCAACUGCCAGAGAAAAUCCUCAUCUAUGAGUUGUACUCAGAUGACUCGUCAGACAUGCAUUACCGGGUGAAGGAGAAGAUGGUCAGGAAGUUUGAGUGCAACCUCCUGGUGGUUUGUGCCGACCACAUCAUCCUCUGCCAGGAGAGGCGGCUGCAGUCUCUGACCUUCAAUGGAGUGAAGGAGCGGGAGUGGCAGAUGGAGUCUCUAAUCCGGUACAUCAAGGUGAUCGGAGGCCCUCCCAGAAGGGAAGGGCUGCUAGUGGGCCUGAAGAAUGGACAGAUCCUGAAGAUCUUUGUGGACAAUCUCUUUGCUGUCGUCCUGCUAAAGCAGGCCACGGCCGUGCGCUGCUUGGACAUGAGUGCCACCCGGAAAAAGCUGGCCGUGGUGGACGAAAAUGACACGUGCCUGGUGUAUGACAUCCACAGCAAGGAGCUGCUUUUUCAGGAACCCAAUGCCAACAGCGUGGCCUGGAACACCCAGUGUGAGGACAUGCUGUGCUUCUCGGGAGGCGGCUACCUCAACAUCAAGGCCAGCAACUUCCCUGUGCACCAGCAGAAGCUGCAGGGCUUCGUGGUCGGCUACAACGGCUCCAAGAUCUUCUGCCUGCACGUCUUCGCCAUGACUGCCGUGGAAGUGCCACAGUCUGCUCCGAUGUACCAGUACCUGGAAAAGAAAAUGUUCAAAGAAGCCUACCAGAUUGCCUGCUUGGGUGUGACAGACACUGACUGGCGUGAGCUGGCCAUGGAGGCUCUAGAAGGACUAGAGUUUGAAACCGCAAAGAAGGCCUUCACCAGAGUCCAAGACCUGCGCUACUUAGAGCUGAUCAGCAGCAUCGAGGAGAGGAAGAAGCGGGGCGAGAGCAACAAUGACCUGUUUCUGGCAGAUGUGUUCGCCUACCAGGGGAAGUUCCACGAGGCCGCCAAACUGUACAGGAGGAGCGGGCACGAGAGCCUCGCACUGGACAUGUACACCAACCUCUGCAUGUUCGAUUAUGCCAAGGAUUUCCUUGGAUCUGGAGACCCCAAAGAAACAAAGAUGCUAAUCACCAAGCAGGCUGACUGGGCCAGGAAUAUCCACGAGCCCAAAGCGGCCGUGGAGAUGUACGUCUCCGCGGGGGAGCACGCCAAGGCCAUCGAGCUGAGCGGCGACCACGGCUGGGUUGACAUGUUGAUCGACAUUGCCCGGAAGCUGGACAAGGCUGAGCGGGAGCCCCUGCUGAUGUGUGCUCGCUACUUCAAGAAACUGGACCACCCCAGCUAUGCCGCUGAGACCUACCUGAAGAUCGGCGACCUGCGGUCCUUGGUGCAGCUGCACGUGGAGACCCACCGCUGGGAUGAGGCCUUUGCGUUGGGCGAGAAGCACCCCGAGUUCAAGGAUGACAUCUACGUGCCCUACGCUCAGUGGCUAGCAGAGAACGAUCGCUUUGAGGAAGCCCAGAAAGCCUUCCAUAAGGCCGGGCGGCAGAAAGAAGCAGUCAAGGUGCUGGAGCAGCUCACACACAACGCCGUGGUGGAAAGCAGAUUCAAUGACGCCGCCUAUUAUUACUGGAUGCUGUCCAUGCAGUGCCUUGACAUAGCUCAAGAUCCCGCCCAGAAGGAUACGAUGCUCAACAAGUUCUACCACUUCCAGCACCUGGCCGAGCUGUACCACGGCUACCAUGCCAUUCAGCGUUACACGGAGGAGCCCUUCAGCUUCCACCUUCCAGAAACCCUCUUCAACGUCUCCAGGUUCCUGCUGCACAGCCUGACCAAGGAUGCCCCCUUGGGCAUCUCUAAAGUAAACACGCUCUUCACCCUGGCCAAGCAGAGCAAGGCCCUGGGGGCCUACAAGCUGGCCCGGCACGCCUACGACAAGCUGCAGGGCCUGCAGAUCCCCGCGCGCUUCCAGAAGCCCAUCGAGCUGGGCAGCCUGACCAUCCGCUCCAAGCCCUUCCACGACAGCGAGGAGCUGGUACCCCUGUGUUACCGCUGCUCUACCAACAACCCCUUGCUGAACAACCUCGGCAACGUGUGCAUCAACUGCCGCCAGCCCUUCGUCUUCUCCGCCUCCUCCUACGAGGUGCUGCACCUGGUGGAGUUCUACCUGGAGGAGGGCAUCACCGACGAGGAAGCCGUCUCGCUCAUUGACCUGGAGGCCCCCAGGCCCAAGCGGGGCAGCAAGUGGCAGGAGAUCUCGAGCAACAAUUCCCAGGCGCUGAGGCUGGACGAGACCGUGGACCCCAUGGGAGACACGGACGACCCGUUCACCGCCAAGCUGAGCUUCGAGCAGGGCGGCUCGGAGUUCGCGCCGGUGGUGGUGAACCGGUCGGUGCUGCGCUCCAUGAGCCGCCGCGACGUCCUCAUCAAGCGCUGGCCGCCCCCGCUGCAGUGGCAGUACUUCCGCUCGCUGCUGCCCGACGCCUCCAUCACCAUGUGCCCCUCCUGCUUCCAGAUGUUCCACUCGGAGGACUACGAGCUGCUGGUGCUGCAGCACGCCUGCUGCCCCUACUGCCGCCGGCGCAUCGAGGAGCCGGGCCCGUGACCAGCGCCAACGCCGCCCGAGCGAGCAACUCGGGCAGGGCCUGGUGAUCUCUACAGAACUCCUGUGUAUGGCGUGGCGUGGCGUGCCUUGUAAUGGCGUGGCAAGCCUUGUAAACAGCACCCGGAGACCGGGGGCGGGGUGGAGGGGGGACGGACACGGGUCUGUCCCUUUGCUAGGGGCCCCGGCCGCGAGAGUCAGAGGAGCUGUCUGACGGCACACUCCGCCACCGGCAGCCUGGAUAACGACAAAUAAAAGGGCUACUCGUU